AUGAACUCAUCAAACCCAAUUAUAAGAAAUGAAAGAAUAUACUUCAAUGAGCUGCCGCCGAUAACCGAUGAUGGACAUCACAACUUAGUCAAGCAACUGCAAAUUGGCCAGGAAUCAACAGCAUUAAAAGAAGAAGUUGACACAAAUGGUACCGAGUUAUUGAAAACUCUUUCAAUAGAUACAAUUUGGAAUACAAUUUUGAAAAUAUUCCAUAAUUUAAAAUUGCUUUUGUUUUUGCUUUUCCAAAAAAAACACAAUUUGUCACAGCAGGAGCAAAUAGACACUAAUGAAAUUGACAUCAAUACACUUUCCAUCAACACCUUUCCCCACUCGCCGUCUUCAACAGCAACAGCAACAGCAACAGCAACGGACUCAGAUAUUGAACUAAUUGCAGAGAGAAAUAUACUCACAAAUGAUUUUCAUCUCAUUGGAAAGAAAUAUAACAAUAGAAGCCAGUAUCAACAAAACAGCAUCCUAGUAGAUGUCGACGAUGUUGACGAAAGUGGCGCUGCCAGUAGGAACAUUAUUGCCACACCAAACCAAUCCUUUUUCAAGGCACAUCAAUUAAACAAUGACAACACUGGAGAGACUCUUCGGGCUUUAGCAUUAAAGAAGCUAGCGUUGGGAUCGACUGCAACAACUAAACCAACAUCUACAAACUCUCAAUAUGGAACUGACUUGUCAAUUGCCAAACCCAUAAGAUAUACACAAAAAAAGUUACAUGAAAAUGCUUUGAUACCGUCCUCGAUGUCACCUCGACUAUCAUCAUCACUACCACCACCACCAUCAUUGUUAAUAUCAUCACGACUUCCAGCUCAAAAAUAUUCAUCUAAUGGCUUGCAUUCUGAAAGACUGCUCUCUGCAACAUCAUUUUUGCAACAGUACAGAAACACAUCAACCCCAAUUGCAACUCCCAAAAAAACGAAUGACAAAUACAAGGAACAUAUAAUGAGAUAUUAUGCACAAACAAAGCCAAAGUGGUCAUCCGAACAGGGCACAUCGUAUGCAACCUCUUCAGCAACAGCUUACUUGGAUAACCUCAUUUCCAGCCUUUCCAAAAAAGGAAUAACUUCUACUGUUGAGCAAGCGCAAUCCAAGAUCCAGGAAUUUGUAACCAGAAAAAGAUUACAAGAGUCUCAAGUUGGUGUCAAGGGUCUAACUGAACAGCAACUCAAACAAGUUUAUCAGAUUUGGAAGUCAGACCCACGCAAAUUGGUUAUUGAGAAAUUCAACAUUGACUUGAAAGUCGAAGACCUUUUAACUUUGAGAGACGGCAACUGGCUAAAUGAUAUUGUAAUUGAUUUCUACAUUAAUUUACUAAUGGAUGCAAGCAAUGACAAAGUUUUCGGAUGGACCACGCAUUUCUAUACAACCUUGGAAAGAAGAGGAUACCAGGGCGUAGCGAAAUGGGCCAAGAAGCGGAAAUUAAACCUCUUCAAAAAAGAAAAAGUUAUUGUUCCAGUAAAUAUAAGUCAAACACAUUGGGCAUUAGCUGUGAUUGACAAUGUCGCCAAAACCAUUACAUACUAUGAUUCCUUGGACUCCUCCGGUAUGGGCAAUUCUCAAGCAGUUUCAAACUUGCAGAUGUAUAUGAACGGGGAAGCAAAACAACUAGGCAUACAACCAAUACUGUAUGAACAAAUAUCUCACAUAAAAUGUCCUCAGCAAAGCAAUGGCUUUGACUGUGGAGUAUUUGUAUGUGCUGCAUCUAGAUACAUUGUCGAAAAUAAGACUAUGAAUUAUUCUCAAAAGGAUAUGAAAAUGUUUAGAAGGCGGAUGGUCUACGAAAUGAUGACAACAAAACUUGUAGAAUAA